CACUAACCAAAGGGACAACCCUCUCACACAAGGGAAAAGAACCACUAGGCGCAAAGCUGGAGCUGGAAAAAUGGCUUGAGAAAAAAAGAUCAAGCACUGGACAAAACCAACCAGCUUUCUUUAUUGUAAUGACAAGUAAACUGACAUAUUUUGACCAGACUGGAUUGGCUGAACCGAUAAGGCUGAUCUUGUCGUUUGGUGGAGUCGAAUUCAUUGACCAAAGAGUGUCACUCGAUGAGUGGAAGGAACUGAAAUUAAGACUGCCAUGGCCACAGCUGCCUGUCCUGGAGAUGGAGGACAAAGUGUACUACCAGAGUAAGGCCAUCUGCAGGUUUCUGGCGAAACGAUUCAAUCUGUGUGGCAAGACCGAGUGGGAGGCGACGUUGGCCGACAUAAUGGUCGACAUGAUCUACGAUUUUAGAUCGAAGGUGGCCAGCUAUGACCAUAUCAAAGACCCCGAUGAGAGAGAAAGACUGUACCCGAUUGUGUCGAAUGAUUUAGUACCUUCAUACUUGGAGAGGUUCGAAAGGCACAUCUUGUCAAAUGGCGGUUACUUUGUCGCCGGCAAGGUGACCUGGGCAGAUAUCGUGUUCUUGGCGUUUUCGUGCGACGUCGCACUCAUGCUCGGCAAGGAUCUGGUCGUCGACUACCCAAAGCUCAAGCUACUCCAGAAGAAAGUUGCCAACCUUCCCGGCAUAAAAGAGUGGCUCGUAGCCCAAGGUUAUUUCUUCAACAAUCGAUCAAGGAACUCUUCAUUUAGCAACUAAUUUUAUUAAUCUGCCCAAUCUUUAAAUGUUCGUGCAUUCAAGUGAUUUCUCAGGAAUAAGGCAUUUUUAAACUUUGUACAUAGACAUGUGACAUAUUUUCUAGGUUGUAUGAUUUUUUUUUUGCCAUUACUGAAAGGCUCUUUUUGUAAUGUCUUGUGAUAUCGAAUCAUCAUUUUUAUAAUAUCUGAUUACCUAUUAUUUCUAGUAAAAGAACUGAGAGUAAAACUUUAUUAUAUAAAUAAUAUAUGUAUUAAAUAAAUAAAAAAUAUUGAUUUAAAUUUUUGGUUCUUUUAUUGUUAAAAUGGUCUGCAUGCAACUCAUGACGGUUUGUCAUAAUUUCUCAAAAUCUUGAAUUUACUAAUGGCGUGCAAGCAGAAUGCCUGGGCAGUUUUGACAUAAUUUAUAGAAGCUUUUGUAUUAACAAAUAAGCUCAAAGUGUUCUGUGUGAUACAAUUCACCCUGUAACAAUUUAUUUGGAGUGAUAUUAGAUUGUAUUGACCUAGUGCAUGUAGAAAAUCUAUUUUUUUGUAGUUUAAUCCUUAUACUACUUUUUUUUAGUUUUUUGAGAUAAGAUUUAUUCUUUUGUUUACUAUUUUCUUUUUAGUCAUUUUAAGUUUGUGAUCGUGAAACAAGUCAAUGUUUAUAUAGUCCAAUGAAUGGUCUCAAUGUUGUCUUAUUGUUGUCAUCUGCAUUAGAACAUAUAUGUUGAGAUAUGGAAUAAAAUUGUAGAUUGUAAAUAAUAAAUUUGACCCACUUUUU